CCGCCAACGCCUCGGCCGAGCCGGCGCCCGACUGUGCGCUACACGGCCUGCAGCGCUGCCGCAGCGCUCCUCCGCGCGCCUACAGCGCCAUGCGCGGCACCCGCUUCUGGGUCAUGUACAACUUCGUGCCCGGCGACCGACGCUUCAACUGCGACGAGUCGGUGACGUACACGACGCACGGUGACUUCACGUUCGUCGACAAUUUGGAGCCGUUGGUGCGGCGCUGGCGCGGUCCGGUGUCGUUCGGCCUGUACGCGCCCGGCGACGACUUCCUGCCGUCGGUGGAGGCGGUGGCGUUCCUGCGCCAGUGCGGGGACCCGCUCGUGGCUGAGCUCGUGUCGUUCCACGUUAUCUACGACGUGGACAAGGUGCCAGUGAACGUAACGGACGCGGACGAAGUGUUGUCGCGACGCCAGGAUUGUUCGCGGCCGCCCCCCUGGCGCGGCACCGUGUCCUUCCGCAAGGCCAAGCGCCUGACGUACCCAGUGAACGUGGCGCGCAACGUGGCGCGCGAGACGGUGAUGACACACUUUGUGCUGCCGUCCGACGUCGAGCUGUACCCGAGCGCCCACCUGGUGGAGCAGUUCUUGGCCAUGGUGUGGCGGAACGAGAAGGUGCUCUGCCAGCCGCGGCCGAAGGUGUUCGUCCUGAGCAUCUUCGAGGUGAACGAGACCAUGUCCCCGCCGCACUACAAGGACCACCUGACGGCCAUGCUGAAGAACGGCUCCGCGGUGCCCUUCCACAAGCGCAUGUGUGCAAGCUGCCACACCAUCCCCAAGGCCAAGGAGUGGACCUUCUCCAAGGAGACCAAGCAGCUGGACGUGUUUCACGUCGGCAAACGGCACGCGCCGUUCGAUAAGUGGGAGCCGAUCUACAUAUGCACCAACGACGAGCCAGGAUAUGACGAACGACUGACGUGGGAGGGCAAGAUGGAUAAGAUGGGACAGGGUUACGCGAUGUGCCUGCUCGACUACGACUUCAUGAUCCUGAACAAUGCAUUUCUUGUGCACAAGCCGGGCAUCAAAUCAUACAAGCCGGACAAAUGGAGGGACACUCUGGUGGCCAAGCAGCGUCGGUUUGUCAUCAACGCCGCCCGGCUGGAGCUGGACCGCAUCUACGGCCAACGAAAGCAGUGUGUACUCAAGUGAUGGCGCCGCGUGUGCUCUGGCGAUGGCCACGCUAGCGUCCCGCAGCGCGGCCGUCCCAGCCUCACGCGGGGCCACGACCGACUGUGGACCGGCUACCACGCCCAAACUCCUGACGGGCUACUACGUGAGGAACUCUCGGCCAGCUGCCAUGUGAGGACCGACCGUCCCGUCGCCAUCUCGACUGGCUGCUACGUGAGGAGCUCGGAAGCGACUGUUCCGGCUGGUGCUGGUCUGAGCCGUCGCCCACGUCGCUGAUCAGCCAGCCCGGGCCGCUGCCGCCGGCACCGGCGCUGGCCGGUUAGCACUAACCCGCACUGCGCCUCGGCAACGCCGCGCGGCACAAAAAACGAGGCAGCGCGCUGCCGCGCGCUCAAGAAAAACUGGGUGGCACGUCAAGGCCUCCACAGGCAAAGCCGGGUAACCCACGAUGCCAACUACACUGGCCGCGUUGCAUCUCCUAACCGUGGCCUUGCCAUGCAACGAAGAUCAAUGUCCGAUGGCCAAAGCUAUAGCGCGCGCGCGCUUCGCCGAGCCACAUACACGGUGUUGUGGCGGCGGGCGCGGCGCGAGCAGCGCUCCAACGCCCAGCUGACUUAGCCCAGCUUUAUCGCAUUGUCGACCGUUUUAUAUGUUGUCCAUUGUGCGUCUGUUCGUCGCGAUGACAGGGACGGUUUCGGAGAUGGCCACCGGACAGGGUGAAUCAGAGGCGGGACAGAAGUCCAACAGAAAAAGGUACUAUUUGUGUUUAGAGUCGCCGUGCGGCGCGACUGGCUUGAUCGCUGUAAGGAGCGCGUAAAAUGGCCGGGUCCGCUGUCUGUGCGCGGUGUCGCAGUUUUGAUACCAAUGACAUCAAGCGUCACCCGAAAGUUUAUCCAUAGCGUGAAUCACCGUGGAGGGGCAUUAUUGACCACAUCGGUAAUUACGGUCCGAUGUUUUACCAAAGUACUCUGUCGCCGUACCUAUAAACACCACAUUCACCUUAAUUGACUCAUGCCGACCAAACCUUUUUAGAACACUGGCCGGCUCACGUUAGUCACGGGAAGGCAGCCACGCCGUCCCAGCUUGUACCAGGCCAUCUGUUGGGUUAACAAGUCCCGCCGACCAAACGAGCGCACCUGCUCACAGGUGCCUGAUCGAACCGGACAAACGUGUCUGCGGCGGGGCGUCGGCCGGGCGCGCCCCCGCCCAGUCCGCGGUGCUGGCCGCCCGGGCCUGUGAGCCGUGAUUUGGUACGUCAGCGGUCGCCACCAGAGGCGUCGAGCGCUGAGUCCUGCGAGUGAUGGCUGGCGGCCAGCGUCGGCGAGCGGCUGCCUGCCUGCCUGUCUGUGUGUAUGUCUGUGUCGGAGAGCGUGCUUCAGGAGACAGCUGUGUGCUCGGAGGAACGGGCCUGACGCAAUGCCAGGAAACUGUGUGUCAGCCUUCAAUGUUGCCAAGAGUUGGAAAGACCAAAUACAUGUUUAAGUGUCGAACAUGAC